GAGAGUGCAGACCGCCACAGUCCUGUCGUGCCCACCCGGUCUCAUCACCGGGCUGACGGACAGACAGAGAGGGGACACCGAGCAGAAGGCGACAAAGGGCGGACUGACCGGCACCAUGAAGCUCAUCUGCCGGUUGCAGCUUGCGAGUAGGAAGUGUGCCCUUCUGCGAUAGAUAGCCACCCGCCAUGGAGCUGAGAUAACCUCUUCCUCUUUUCUUCACCAAUCACGGCUCUGGAUUUAGUAUAAUCAUGGGAACAUGGCGUGGUCUGCGGGUGGCAUUCAUCCUGGGGUCUUUGUUCAUGAUUCUGCUGAUCAUCGUGUACUGGGACGAUGUCGGGGGCUUCAACCUCUACCCGCUGCAGGAUCCCAAACGUGAGUCGCUUCACCCUCAGACGACCACCGGGCCCUCACACUCCACGUCCACCAGCAGAGCCAAGACCGGUUCUUUCUCCACUGUCCUCACUACUGCUCCCAGUCCAACACUGGUACCUGAUGAGACAGGUGGAACAGCUGAGGAGCAUACAGAGGAGGAGUGGACGGAUGAUAGGGAGCAGGAGGCGAGGAAGCAGAGUAUCAUGGAUGUGUGUUCAGGAAAGGAUGCUGUUGAAUUCCCAGGGAGGACUCGGGCAUUUGAGCAGAUCCCCAACAGGGAACUGGAUCACCUGAUAGUGGAUGACACUCACCAGAUUAUCUACUGCUACGUUCCCAAGGUGGCGUGCACCAACUGGAAGAGAGUGAUGGUGGUUCUGUCUCAGUCUCUUAUUUCGCCCUCCUCAGGAAAACCUUACACUGACCCAGAGGCUGUACCUCCUGACGUCGUACACAACUCCUCUCUCCACCUCACUUUUGCCAAGUUUUGGCGCCAUUAUGGUUCUCUCUCCCGCCACCUGAUGGCACUCAAGCUCCAGCACUACACCAAGUUUCUGUUUGUACGAGACCCUUUUGUUCGUCUUAUCUCAGCCUUCAGGAACAAGUUUGGAAAGCCUAACGAGGACUUCUACAAGCAGUUUGGUUCUGUCAUGCUGCGUCGUUAUGGUAAUGUGUCGGGCAGUUUGCCAGCGACAGCGGCUGAGGCGUUCGCAGCAGGAAUCAAACCAACAUUUCAGCAGUUUAUCACGUACCUGCUGGAUCCAGAGACGGAGAGGGAGAGUAUCUUCAAUGAACACUGGCGGCAGGUGUACCGUCUGUGCCAUCCAUGCCAGGUGAAGUACGACUUCGUUGGACGACUAGAAACCCUGGAAACAGAUGCGGAGCACCUGCUGAAGCUUCUGGAGGUGGAUCAUCUGGUACGCUUCCCUUCAGGGGCUCGAAACCGAACUGCGGCCAGCUGGGAAAGAGACUGGUUUGCGCAGAUUCCCAUGACAAUGAGGAGAGAACUGUACAGGCUGUACGAACCAGACUUUAAGCUGUUUGGCUAUCCCAAACCUGACAGCAUGCUCCACCAGUAGACCACCGAGAGCCAAAGGCCUGGGCACUGCACUGUGUGUGGAGCCCAAACCUCAACUACCUGCACACAGCCAGCAAAUGCCUUUAAAGACGAGUCUAUGAUGCUGUUUGUUUUAUUUGUUCUGUGCAUACCUCAAAUGACUGAAGUGCCUGCCAGUAUUAUUUUAUUGUUCUCAUCAUUUCAUAUCUGAAGCACACCUGCUUACAAGCUGCGUUAUCCCAGUCUGUUUCCCCCGUGGAAAGGCACUUUGAAUCGUAUUUUGUGAAUAGUAUUUUGGUAAGUCAAAGGGAAAGGACUGGGGCUAACUGUUAGCUGACAUCUCUCUGAAGGGAAACAUGUUGCAGAGAAGUAAAGUGUUUUUGCAAA